AUGAAGAUCACGCGCGUGGGGAUGUAUGUGAACGUGGCGAUGGCUGCCACCAAGGGCGCGGUCGGCGUGGCGAUUCAUUCCAGUGCUCUGGUUGCCGACGCAGCGCACUCGCUGUCGGACUUGCUGUCCGAUGUGGUGACGCUCUGGAGCGUCAAGGUGGCGCGGCUUCCGCCUGAUCCGAAGCACCCCUACGGAUACGGCAAGUAUGAGGCGGUCGGGUCGCUGUCGGUUGGAGCCAUUCUGGUGCUCUGCGGUAUUGGGAUCGGCGCGGACGGACUCCAGGUCAUGCAGGAGAUUUGGAACGGUGCUGCAGCCACGCAGCUACCAGAGUUCGACUUGCCGUUCCUUUCAGAGCUUGAUCGCGGCACGCAGUGGGCACUUGCAGCGGGAGCUGCUGGUGUGUCGAUUGCGGCGAAGGAGGCAUUGUACCAUGCAACGGUAAAGAUUGGCAAGCAGGCGAACAGCAAGGUCUUGAUCGCGAACGCAUGGCACCACCGCACCGACGCGAUUUCUUCCGUCGUGGCACUGGGUGGCAUUGUGGGAUCGAUGUUUGGGGUGCCUCUCCUGGAUCCAGUUGCUGGUAUGGCAGUUGCUGCCAUGAUCGUGAAGACUGGUGGCGAAAUUUGCCUAGACAGGUGCGCCCUCGUGCAAGAGCUAACGGACAAUACGGUCGAGGCAGAAGUUCUUGAAACACUGAAAGAAGUGUCUGGCAGUGUUGACGACGUACUAAACGUAUCUCAAGUUCGCGCUCGCCGAAUGGGCCCGUAUACACUGGUGGACUUGCGUGUUCAUCUGGAUGCUCGGACAAGUAUUUCAAUGGCGCAACAGAUCGCAGAGCGUGUGCGAUCCCACAUUUUGCAGGAAGUUCCCGACGUAUCCGAGGUGCUGGUUCACAUCGACGUUCAAUUUGCUUGCAAGAAGGAUUUCCGUCCAUACAGGGAGAUCAAGAACGACAUCAGCUACGCGCUAGCCACCAUCCCGGAGAUCACUGGGACAACGCACAUCAACACGCAUUGGCUCCCACACUUGACCGGCCAGGGAACUGCUGUCGACGUCACGAUCGUCGUGCAGCCAGACCUGAAGGUUGGUGCAGCCCACGCUGUCGCAAAGAAGGCCAGGAAGUACGUAGGCCUCCGUCGCUUGCGCCUGCUCUUAUCUAUCGAAGCCAUUCCGUACAUUGUCGAGGCCGACAUCCACCUGGAGCUGCAGGACGACGACUCAGACCCGAUCCACGCAGCGUAA